AUGCAGGAGUCGGGCUUCACCGAGAGCGCCCUCAGCUCAGGGAGUGUGCCCCUGGCCUCCCUUCCGGCGGAUUCCAGCGACGGCGCGGAAAGCUCCCUGUCAGCAUUGCCGGCUGAGCGCGCAGCCGUCAUCAGGGUGCGCGUGCUUCGCUCGAGGCCGCGCCUGCCCCGCGGCCGGGCGCCUUCAGGGCGCCCUGCGUCUGCGGUGGCGCCGCGGGGCGCAGCCGGCGGGCGGGCUUCGGUGGCGGGGCGCUCCCGCGGCCACCGCAAGAUGAUGGCGACGGACCAGCUCGCUUCGCCCAGCGGUGGCGGAGCUGCAGGCGCGCGGGGCGCCCUGGGCACCGCCGAUAUGUGGCGGGGAGGCUCGUCUCGGCGGCGGCGGCACCAGCCGCUGCGCCGGAAGGCGAACAUGCCCAGCGCGGACAGGCACAGCCGUCCCCCCCGCGCGCUUGCGCGGAGGAAGGCCAGGCACGUGGGCCACACGGUGGGAGGAACGGCGAGAGCCGUGGGCGGAGGGGGAUAUCCGCACCCACGCCGCCCUUUUCUGCUCCCAGGACGGGCCGCGGCCCAGUGCGCGAGAGGCCGCGCCGCGGCUCCCGGCGGGAAAAGGCCUCUGGCCCCGGCGGUGUCCGCCCGCGGGUCGCCCCCCUGCAUGGCCUGGGCGCGGUCGCCCUGA